AUGGCCGACAUUGCCGCCCCGCCAGUACCUCCAAAGCUUAAACCGAUAAUCAAACACUGGGCGUCCUACGCCGGGCCAACAGCCUCAUCCUCGCGCUCGUCAUCCACUUCUACGGAAGACGACUCGUCAUUGCCCACGGUCUCGCACGAGAUACACACAAUGCGCUCCUCCUCGUCUUUACCCACACGACCGCCGUCUCCAGCGGCGUUACAGAACAUAAAGUUCGCACCACUGCCCCACAUCGAGCCUCGACGACGGAAGUCCAACGUCAAACUCGGUGUCGCCGCUCGCUCUCGCAUGAUCGCUGCUCGGCGCGGGCAGCUGCCGCCCGACUGGAAUGAUGCCGAGAGCUCACCCACGGACGAGCCCCAUCAUCAGGGUCCACUCGUCGAGGACCCUUUCGAGGUCUUCGGCCGUUACGUGCUCGUAAAGAGUAAAAACUUGUGGCGGCGCGUCUCGCCCAAGCCGCCGACGCCCGCUGCCGUAGUGGUGGGUGAGGUACAGUGUGACACAGAGCACACUGCGGACACCCCCGAUACUACAGACCCAGAAAAGGCAGAGGGUGCCACCGCUGUGCAACUUGAAGCAGUGCACGCGGAUGAGCGUGGGCGAAGUCACGACGGGGAAGACGCGGGCGGAGUCUGGGAGGAGGAGAUCAAUGGAGAGCAGUUGCAGCAACAUGUGUCGCGCGUCGGCUCGACACCGAAGAAGGAUAAGGAGGCGAAGAAGGCAAGGCGAAUCAGCCUGAUACGGAAGGAAUCCCCUCCCGUCGAGGCAUGA